UAACUCUCCCAACCAAAAUCCUCCAUAACCCCAUAAACCAAAACAAAAAUUAUACCACAACCAUCUCUCUCUCUCUAUCUGUGUCUGUCCCUCAUGGCCAUGGCAACACAAGCCACCCUCUUCACCCCAACACCCUCAGCCCCAAAGACCAGCGUUGAGCGCUCCACUGUCCCAUGGAAGCAAUCAGUGUCCUCCUCCUUCAUGGCCCCAAAGCCACUCAUGCUCUCCUCCACCACGAGAACCAUGAGGAUCAAUGCAGCAGCAGAAGAGAAAACUGUGGCCCCACCAAAGGAGGCUCCAGUGGGCUUCACCCCACCAGAACUCGACCCAACAACCCCAUCACCAAUCUUUGGUGGCAGCACGGGAGGGCUGUUGAGGAAAGCCCAGGAAGAAGAGUUCUAUGUGAUCACAUGGGAGUCUCCAAAGGAGCAGAUUUUUGAGAUGCCAACUGGAGGAGCAGCCAUUAUGAGGGAGGGUCCUAAUUUGCUGAAACUGGCCAGGAAAGAGCAGUGCUUGGCUCUUGGGACAAGGCUGAGGUCAAAGUACAAGAUCAAGUACCAGUUUUACAGGGUGUUCCCUAAUGGGGAGGUUCAAUAUUUGCACCCAAAGGAUGGAGUUUACCCUGAGAAGGUGAACCCAGGGCGCCAAGGGGUUGGCCAGAACUUCAGGUCUAUUGGGAAGAAUGUGAACCCAAUUGAGGUCAAGUUCACUGGCAAGCAAGUUUAUGACAUAUAAUAUGUGAUUUGUGUGUAUUUUUAAUUGUAUUUACGAUCAUGAUGACUAUGUGAGUAUAAUUUGUGUUUCUUGUAAUUUGAUUUCAUUAAAAUGCAAUUUCAGAAACAUGAUUUGGGUUAA